AUGUUAAAUGCGAACCGUGAAGAAGCCGCUGGUGAAAAUCCAGCGAAUGCUGCUGUUGCUGCUGCGCCGGUUGCGAUGCAAUCGUCGUUUACAAUCGAUCCGUUUGACCGUCAUCGUAUGAAGUGGUCACGAUGGGUUGAACGUUUGGAAGGUGCUUUCGUUUUGUUUGGCGUCCAGCAAGAAACCAAACUCUACAUGCUGCUGCACUUCAUGGGAGGUGAAACAUACGACGUUGUGUGUGACAAACUUGCUCCUGAGGAACCACAGAGGAAAACGUAUGCUGAAAUAGUACGUGUUCUUGAGGCUCAUUUUAAUCCGGAACCGUUGGAGAUUUUAGAAAAUUUUCGCUUCAAAAGUCGUAAGCAAGGAGAGGACCGUCCGGAGGAAACAAUAGACGAAUACUUGAUAGCAUUGCGGAAAUUGGCUAUCACCUGCAAUUUCGGAGAGUACCUGAAUACUGCUCUGCGUAACCAACUUGUUUUCGGAUUGAAGGACAGAACUAUACUUUAUACAGAACUAUACGCACAUUCAAACUAUGUGCAAUUACUGCAAACUGAAAUGCCAUUUGCAGAAGACUGUAAUUCGAACGAUAUCGUCACACUGGAAGAAAUUUGCAAGUUAGAGGAAACCAGUAGAACAACUGUCUCUAAAUUUCACUUAGACAUGAAGGUGAAUAAUGUUACUGUUCGUUUCGAAGUGGAUACCGGUGCUCCAGUUACGAUUAUCAGUACGGAAGAUAAGAAAAAAAUCUUUCCUGAAGCGAAUCUGUUGCCGUCUGAUCUUGAGUUGGUGAGCUAUUGUAAUAGUCGUAUCAACGUUAAAGGGAUGAAAAUUGAUCUUAACGAUGUAGCGUUCGCUUGUGUUCAUACAUUGGACAGUACUUCUGCUAAUACCCUACCGAAAAUUACUCCAGUUAAUAUUAGAUUAUUGGUGGAAAAGUAUGCUAACAUUUAUGACAAAUCUAUUAGAAAAAUUGAAGGUUUGCAAGCAAAAUUGAGUUUGAAACCAAAUGCAAGGCCAGUGUACAUAAAAGCGCGUCAAGUUCCAUUUUCUUUGAGAGAUGCUGUUGAGAAGGAACUCGACAUACUUGUCCAGAACGGGGUGUUGGAGAAAGUGAACCACAGUAGAUGGGCUACACCGAUUGUCCCAAUUUUGAAGUCCAACAAUAGAGUAAGAUUAUGCGGUGAUUAUAAAGUAACGGUGAAUCCUAACCUGGAAAUUGACGACCAUUCAUUACCGACGAUAGAAGAACUUUUCGCUAAAGUUGCAGGAGGAGAAAAGUUCACCAAAAUCGAUUUAACUCAAGCCUAUCUACAAUUAGAGGUUGAGGAGGGUGAUCGUGAAGUACUAACACUAAGUACGCACAAAGGUUUGUACAGACCAACACGUUUGAUGUAUGGUAUUGCAUCUGCGCCUGCUAUUUGGCAGAGAUUAAUGGAGCAAGUGUUGAACGGGAUUCCGGGAGUUACAGUUUUUUUGGAUGAUAUUCGUGUCACGGGACCAAAUGAUUUAAUUCAUCUGCAACGACUAGAAGAUGUACUAAAACGGCUAAGUUCAUACAAUAUGCGAAUUAAUUUGGAGAAAUGUCAGUUUUUCGAAAACGCGAUCGAAUACUGUGGAUAUUUGAUUGACAAAGUUGGCAUUCACAAAGUCCCGGGAAAAAUCGACGCUGUUCAAAACAUGCCUAUACCGAAAAACAAAGAUCAAGUUCGUUCUUUCGUAGGUUUAGUGAAUUACUACGGAAGGUUUUUCCCGAACCUGAGUACAACGUUGUAUCCGCUUAACAAUCUCCUGAAAAAUACUGUUCCUUUCGUAUGGUCGAAGGAAUGCGAUGAGGCAUUUAACAAAAUUAAGCGUGAAAUGCAGUCGGAGAAGAUUUUAGCACACUACGAUUCUACAUUACCACUAGUACUUGCUACGGAUGCAUCACCAUAUGGAGUCGGUGCAGUGCUUAGUCAUGUAUUUUCAGAUGGUUCAGAGCGACCAAUCCAAUACGCUUCCCAAACACUUAACGCUACGCAACAAGCAUAUAAACAAAUUGACCGAGAAGCCUAUGCAAUAAUCUUCGGAGUUCGCAAAUUUUACCAAUACCUCUACGGCAGGAAGUUCACUCUUGUCACGGACAAUGGACCGCUAAAGCAAAUAUUUUCUGAUACCAAAGGACUCCCGAAGAUGUCCGCCCUUAGAAUGCAGCACUAUGCAACAUUUUUACAAUCUUUCAAUUUCAAGAUCCAAUUUCGUCCUACAAACCAGCACGCAAACGCUGACGCAUUUACAAGAUUGCCUUGGAAGAAUAGUACGCCCGAUGCAACUGUUGAGGAAACAGACUAUGUGGAGGUAAAUAUCAUAGAAACACUGCCGUUAACUGUUGCUGAACUUGCGAAAGCUACUGCAAUGGAUACUACUGUUAAGACACUAGUGCAAGGGUUGCAGAAUGGUAAAUCCGUGGAGCCUAAAGAUCGUUUUGGUGUUGACCAAGUGGAGUUUACUCUACAGAAAGGUUGUGUCAUGCGGGGAAUCAGAGUAUACGUUCCUCCGAGCUUGCGAGACAAAGUGUUGAAUGAACUACAUUCAACUCAUUUUGGAAUUACUAGAUUGAAGACUCUUGCUCGUGGUUACGUUUGGUGGGAAGGAAUAGAUAAAAACAUUGAGGACGUGGUGCGAAAUUGUAGUUUGUGUCAGUCAACUCGAGCUGAGCCGUCCAAAGUACCAACGCAUUGUUGGGAGACACCUGCGAAGCCGUUUGAACGAGUACACGUUGACUUUGCUGGACCGUUUAUGAAUGUUUACUUUAUCGUGUUCGUUGAUGCCUACACAAAGUGGCCAGAAGUGCGAAUGCUGAAUAACAUAACAACUAACACAACGAUCCAGGUGUGUCGUGAAUAUUUUUGUACAUAUGGAAUUCCUUCUGUGCUCGUAUCUGAUCACGGUGUGCAGUUCACAUCGGAACAGUUUCAAAGAUUUUUGCGAAUGAACGGUGUUUAUCAUAAAAUGGGCGCACCGUAUCACCCUGCGACGAAUGGGCAAGCAGAGAGGUUUAUUCAAACAUUUAAAUCGAAACUAAAAAGUGUGCAAUGUGAUAAAACGUCAUUGCACGCUGAACUCUGCAAUCUUCUGUUAGUGUACAGGAAAACUAUUCAUCCUACUACGGGAAAAUCGCCGUCGAUGAUGCUUUACAACCGUCAAAUCCGUUCGCGAUUGGAUAUCAUGAUUCCUGAAGCUGCGAAUGCUGCCAAAACGGAACAGAGGAAGUGUCGUGAUCUUCAAGAGGGGGCGAGAGUUGCUGCGAGAGAUUAUUUAGAUAAAGCAAAGUGGAAGUUCGGAAAAAUUCUGAACAAAUUGGGUGAGUUGCAUUAUGAGAUACUACUGGAUGAUGGAAGGAUUUGGAAGCGCCAUAUAGAUCAGCUGCGAAAAGUUGGUUCAAACUUGGUAACUGACAAAUCUGUACCUGUCACGGUGCUACCAGAGUACUUUGAAGAUCCUGAACCGCUUAGUGCUCCCGAUCAGACAUUUGUUGACCCCACCCCUGCGGUGUCUAUACCAACCAAUUCACAGCAGAGACCUGCGAUAUCAACAGCCCCGAUUAAGAUUGAAGGUAGGCAAGAUUCUGUUAUACCCGUUUCGGUAUCUGCGAGAUGCUCCGAAGACCAGUCUAUCCAGGAGACAUAUCAGUCGCCGAGAAGAUCUGGAAGAGUUAUUCGGCCACCGAGGAAGUUGGACCUAUGA